UUUUCAAUUUAUAAGCAAUAAGUGUAGCACUGACGCUCUGUUUUCCUCCCCAUGUGCAUUUCUGUCAUGUUUUUUUUUUUUCUGGAAUCAUCUAAUACCCCAUCGCUGAAUGAGUGAGAGAGUGUUUUUAAACUGCACACAAGGUUUUUUUUGUCUAAUAAACUGUAAACAUGGACAACCUGUUUAGAGCUAUAAUUAAUUCACGCAGGUACAUCCUCAAGAGUCUUUUGGACUGUGUUUUUUAUUUUUUGAUUUCCAGAUUCUGGUUCUGUCGGGCUUUAUUACCUAGAAUGAUUUUUGUUUCGAAUUUCAAGACUAUUGCAAGUCUAAACGCUCGAUGUAUGAUCAGAGGUGGAAAAUUCAUUCACAGCAUAAAGUUAGCAUGACUGGAGACUGAUCAUGGUUUUUGUUGUUGUUGUUGUUGAGCUUGUAAAUGUACUAUAUUUUUUUUUCCCCUCAGAGUAGCAUUUUGUCAUGGUUAUUGCGAUUUGCUUACAGUCCCUCUUAAAAACCCCUGAUCAAAACUUUUUCUUAACCUCCCCCCCCUCCCCCAUUCCUGAUCAUCCAACAUAAUCUAUCAAGGAAUCAGAAAGUAUGUAUAGAGACAGCAUUGAUUGCACUUUAAUAACCUGUAAGAUCAAAUAAUGCUACUGCUGAUGAUGUCAUCGCCCCGUGUGUGGCAGUCCCACCAAAGGUCAACGGUAACAAUCUCCAGAACACCACACUGUCCUGAGCUGCCUUUUGUUUUAUGGAAGGCUACGGACGAGAAACAUUGCAAUCGAGAUUGAUUUCAUACGUGGAUAAAUCUGUUUGUGAUCUUCAUGGUUUGUGCCUUGUUCUGAAGUCGCAUUUAAUAUGUCAAAUAUUUUUUAAAAAUGACGAGUAAUAAUUAUACGGCUAAUCAUAACCUCAUUCAUGUUUUACAUCCUGCUAUAGUGGAGUAUAAAAGGGAGAUUUUUAAGUUUGUUUGUUUCAAACAAAAUGUGCAUUUAUUCUUCAUGCCAUUUUUAUUACAGUAAGGUUUGUGUUAAAAGUGGUUUAUUCUGAAUAAUUCUGAGGUCUGAAAAAGGUUUGCUGCGUUUGUAUAAUGAUGAAUCGUCAACUGUGUUUUCUUAAAAAGCUGACACAUCCAUCUUCAGACAUGGCUGAGACCAAGUUGACUUUUCAGGUGUGUGUGUGUUGGAUAAGCUCCAAUUGAAUGUCCACAAAAUGCAUUUUAUUGGUUUCUUUUCUUCUCUUUUUUUUUCCUUUUCUAUUUUAUCAUUCGCCUUGUACCAUACUGUUCUCAUAUUAAUUAGACAUUUCUUACAUGCUAACAUUGAUUUGUUUGUUUAAGCAAAUGAAAUUAAAAAAAAAAUUGCAAUACAUCUGUUGUUUUGUGUGAAUUUUCCUAUUCAAGGAAGUAUUGGACACACAAAAAAACAACAAACAAACAAUUUUAGCCAACAUGGAAAGCCCUGCUUCUUAAAGGGUAAUGAGAGAACCUUGCAAACUGUAAGAAAUACCUACAUCAUAUAAAUAAAUACAUCGGCCAUGACGGGCGAAGUGAAUAAUUGAUGAUUUCGUUACAGUGGCACCUGUCAAAGGGUGGGAUACAACAGCACACCUUCAGAGGUCAUGUGGAGUCCAUGCCUCGACUGCUGAGAGCUGUUUGGGUGACACAAGGGAGAUCUACACAACAUUAGGCAGGUGGUUUUAACCCUGACCCAUAGCGGAUUAAUGGAUAUUAAGGUUCAGAGUUGACUAAUCAAUAGUUUUCUAACUUUACUGAACUAAUGUUCAAUGGCUCAUAAGAUUAGUGCUGUGAAUGGAAACGAAAGGGCAUGAAGGGUCGCUGCAAAUCAAUCCCAAAAUUCUCACUGAUCACCUUUCUCCUGCGACCAAACAUUUCUGUGCUGAUUGGAGUGCUCUCUUCCAGGAUGACCAUGCCCCCAUCUGCAGGGCAUGGAUGGUUAGAUGAGUGUGGUGUUCAGUCACCAGGUCUCAGCACACUCACCAGGGGUGACAUUUAUUUAUUUAUUUUGAGUGACCGUCAUCAGUUGAAAGAAACCAACUGAGCGAAUAUCAUUUGGAAGAAUUGUGUGAAUCCGUUGUGCUCUGUAAAUGCCAAGCUGCCUGGUUUGAUGACAUCCUGGGAGCAUUUCUUAUGACUGCAGGCUAAAACAUGGCUUCGAACGACGCUGAAGCUCUUCAUAUAAAUCCACUGUUGCAUUACAUCACCCUGACUUCACAGCUCAUUUGCUGCUGUUCUUGUGGCGAUGGUUCAAUGGCAGUAAACAGGAAAGAGGAGGGAUUUAACUGCAGAGCAUUUGCAGAGCUCACAGCUCACAGAUUGAAACCAACAUCCUCCUGAACAUAUUUCCAUCAGCACCAAUGAGGCAGAAAGUGUAACGUGAUCUAAUGCUAUUUUGAAUGGAACUGCAUAGGGGCAGGGGGUAUUAUAAGGACUUUGGUAUGGAUAUGGUCUGGGCUAAAUUAAAUAUGUUGUGGUAAAGUUCACUUGAGGUCAAAGCAUUAGCAAAGGGGAAACUAUUCUGAGAGGAAGUUUGCAGUUGCAUAUGGCCUAAUGCAGAUGGUGUGAAGGUGAACUGAGUCUGACGUCUAUUCUAAUCAAAUUACCAUGAAAUAGCAUGGGAUUAUAAUUAGAUUUAAAUAUAUUCUAAUUAUAGUACAUAUGAAAGACAAAAUCGUUUAUCAAAGUCUAGGCUUAUCCUUUUACUUUUAUACAUCUACAUUUCACUCCAGUCAGGCUAAGCAAACUAUUAAAAAAAAAGAUUAAUAAAAUAUAUAUGUUUUAAAAACUACGACAGCUUGUAAAAUACAUGUAAAAAGCUGAAGGUUUGGUAAAUGGCGUCAGACAGACAGACAGACGGAGAGAGAGUCAGAACUCGUCUUGUAUGCGGUCUUCUCCGUCCUGUAACGCCUCGUAGUCAUGCUUUAAAAACUCCAUAUGAGUGUGACCUCCAUUUUGUAAACAGAACAACGGGAAAAGUCCAACGCUGAUUGGACGUCACAGCUUGCCAACGCUUUAAAAAUAUAACGCAUCAUCCAAUCAGAAAACAGGUCCGUUUUAAAACAGACUUCUGGCAGCCAAUCAUUGAGCUUCGCGCCUUCGUCGGCGGCUGUAGGCUGAGUCGUCAGAGAGGGAGGCAGGCGCCGAGCACGUAUUUCUCUUUUAAAUCUUCAUUUAUUCAUUUUUUUUGUGAACUUAAAGGGGAAAAGAGCCCGUUUCACGUGAUCCUGUGUGAAGUUUGUGCAGAAACAGGUAGAGAUGCCAGUCGUGCGGUUUCAGGCUGGAGAUACCGUGAUGGGCCGCUGGCCCGGCAGUAACCUCUACUACGAGGUCAAGGUGCUGAGGCACUCCGCCAAGACUCAGCUCUACACCGUCAUCUACAAAGAUGGCACCGAACUGGAGCUGAAGGAAGCAGACAUCAAGAGCGUGAGUGGAUUCAAGCAGGCUUUUGGCCGCUCCCGGUCUCGCUCCCGCUCUCCGGCGCGUACUCGCCGUAGUCGCUCGCGCUCACCGGCGAGAACGUCUCGCCGCUCUUCAUCCCACACCACCGAGACACGCCGAGACAAACUUAAAGACGUGCUGGAGGUGCGCCUCACGCCUGUGGCCCGGCGUGCAUCCGGAGCCGGUUCUGGGAUCACAGAGCGCAAGACCGCGCCGUUGGUGAACAACAGCAACAAUGAGCAUGAAAAGAAAGAGGAGAAUGACGCCGCUAACAAAGCUGUUGAGAAAGUGAAGGAGGAAACUGAGAACCUGGUAAGUGUGCGCUACAAUCUUCGCCGCAGGAAGGACCAGGGGGAAGAGCAACCAUUCGAGCAGAAGAACACCAAGCCACUUGUGUCACUGGAGACACCACAGAGGACCGGCAAGACUUCCGACCUGGAGUUUGGAGGAAGGAUCGGUGUGUUGUGUUUGCUGUUGCUGCUUCCUGUGGUGGUUCUGGCACUGCUUAUUCUCUGUAGCCAGAAGGAUUCUAGUCUCCUCAGCUUUCCUCACAUGCUUCCCCCACUUCACUCUCUCUGGGACUGGCAGGUUUUUGGCAUCGUGCUCCUUUGGCUGCUCUUCCAGGCUGUCCUCUCGCUGCUCCCUGUCGGCAAGGUUGUUAAUGGAAUGCCUCUGAAGAAUGGAAAAACAUUGAAAUACAGGAUUAAUGGGUUUUAUGCGCUGCUCGUCAGUGCUAUAGCAGUAGGCGCUGGCGUAUAUAACGGGCUGGAUCUCAGCUACAUCCACGCUCAUUUCCUCCAGUUCUACACCUCGGCCCUGCUCAUCUCCAUCCUCCUCAGCGUCUACCUGUUUGUCCGUUCCCGUUGGGCCUCUGAAGAUGACCGUGCUCCAGCUGGCAGUUCUGGUUAUGUGAUAUACGACUUCUUCAUGGGACGUGAGCUGAAUCCACGAAUCAAAAAUUUUGAUAUCAAAUUCUUCUGUGAAAUGCGCCCAGGACUUAUUGGUUGGCUUGUAUUUAACUGCGCUAUGUUACAUGCGGAGAUGAACCUUCAGCACCUUGACAUGCCGUCCUCAGCCAUGCUGCUUAUGAACGCCUUCCAGCUGCUUUGGGUUGUUGAUGGCCUUUGGCACGAGGAGAAACUUCUAAGCAUGAUGGACAUAGUACACGAUGGCUUUGGGUUCAUGCUGGCUUUUGGAGAUCUGGCCUGGGUUCCCUUUGCUUUCACUUGUCAGUCAUACUACCUUGCCAGUCACCCCAGUGACCUGUGUGUGUUUUGGAUCGUUCCCAUCAUCUUAAUGAACGUGGUCGGCUACUACAUAUUCCGGAAAGCCAACUCGCAGAAAUUCGCUUUUAGAAGAAAUGCAUACGAUCCUGCCUUGUCCCAUCUGAAAACGAUUCCCACCGCAACUGGAAAGAGCCUCAUUGCGUCUGGUCUCUGGGGUUUUGUCCGUCACCCGAAUUACCUUGGAGACCUCGUUAUGGCUUUGGCCUGGUCCCUAACAUGUGGUUUUAAUCACGUAAUUCCUUAUUUUUAUCCGAUGUACCUGCUCGUCCUGCUGGUGCACCGGGCGGCGCGGAACGAGCGUCGGUGCAGGAUGAAGUACGGCUUGGCGUGGGAGCAGUAUUGUGAAGCGGUGCCUUACCGCAUCUUCCCCGGGGUGUACUGAGAACCCUCGCACAGACAUUCGGGGCAUGGGAAUGAAGAUCUUCAUUCUGAGAGUGAGGAAACAGCAGAGGGGGGUGACUGAGCAACUCGGCAGCUAUUUUGGAUCCUAGAAGAAAGUUUUUAAUUCGAAUAAUUUGUCAAAUCUUUAGAAUUUUGCCCCAGUUGUAAUCUCUCCUAUGUAUAUUCAUGUACAUACAGGGUUUUUCUACUCCAGCAUUUUCUGCCAUAACUCUCUAUAACCUUCUGCCAUGAUUGAGGUGUUGAAACUUUGUGUUUUUUGCCGUUUUAUUUCUUGUUGUUUGCUGUAAUACGUCAAGUUGAAUGCUUUUUGUACAUUAUGUUCGAUGGGAUAUUAAUUCAUGAAUUGUAUGUAUUACUUUUCUGUACAGUAAUAACAGUUAUGAUGUGCUGUCUCAGGACCAGUGCUUUUAUGAGAAGAAAAAGGGGGGGAAAGAAUUAACUUUUGGUCUGAAUUUUUAUAUAUAAUUUAUGGCAGAAUGUUUUGGAAUGAAUUUUAACCUUACAUGCUCUGUGGUAAAGAUGUUUUGUUUUUAGCCAAAAAUGCUUAUUGCUUAUAUUAUUUUAAACUUUUGUUCUCAGACAUUAGCUACUAGUGCUUUUUAUUUAUUUUUUUUAUUUGUAUUUUUUGUGUAUAUGAUACACGGCAUCAAAUAUCACAUUUCUCAUUUAUUUAAACUAAAUCUCCCGUUGUGAUUUUCCUAACUAUACGGAGGAAACCGUUGUGUAGAACAUGCACGCGGUGCAUCCGAGUCUGCGGUGCAUCCGAGUCUCUGGUGCAUCCGAGUCUGCGGUGUCCAGGCCGUUCAUCUCAGUACAUUAGUCUGAUGAAAUGUAGAUACAGUUCUGAUAUGUAAAGUUUAAUCUCAUGCCAAAGCUCUUUUUUUUAUAUAUAUAAAAGUGAAAAAGUAAUUUGCACAGAAAGCAGUGUUUUGUUAGGUUAUUUUAAGUUACUUAAUAAGAACAGUAUUUGAUUAACUGGGCAGAUUUUAUCCGGCAUGUACACUGCAAGACUUCAUCAUUUAUGUACAUUUGAACUUUUCACAUUUUAUUGGUGCUUACUGUUUUGAAUUUCUUUUCAUCAGCAAUUUAGCCCGAUGUCUUUUGGUCAAUCAGUAAGUGAGCUCUUAUUACGUUAUAGGAUUUGUGAAGUGGCCUUUUUUUUUUUUUUUUUUUUUUUUUUUUUUUGCCUUUGAUUGGAUAAAUAAAGAGUACCUCAGCAUUGCUUAUAGGAGGAAAGAACAAAUAUGGCCUGAUAAGGAAGACUUUGCGUUGUAUGUUUUUACCAAAAAAAUAAAUAAAGUAUUUUGUGUA